AUGUCAACAUCAAUAACCUCAACAAGCUUGUUGACAAAUAUUCAUGAUAUUUUAUGUAAAGAAUUUGAUGAAAAUUGUUACAUAGUUCGUGGAAAUUACCACUAUUACCACUAUUUGUGCGAUGGUUUCGACGAUAGAGGUUGGGGAUGUGGAUAUAGAACACUACAAACAAUAUGCUCAUGGAUGAACCAUAACUUGAAAGAUAUAAAAAAGGUGCCAUAUCUGAGAGAGGUCCAAGAAAUCUUAGUUCAACUAGAAGAUAAACCUAAGAAUUUUUUAGGAUCAAGACAGUGGAUUGGCAGUUUUGAGGUAUGCCUUGUAAUAGACAAGUUGUAUGAUGUUCCAUGUAAAAUCAUUCAUGUUAACAAGGGAGAUGAGUUAGAGAAAAUAACUGAAACCUUGAAAUUACACUUUGAAAAAUUUGGAAGUCCUGUCAUGAUGGGUGGGGAUAUUGACUGCUCUUCAAAAGGCAUAAUGGGAAUACAGAUUUUAGGCAAGAAUACCAGUCUAUUAAUAGUGGACCCUCACUACGUUGGAAAUGAGCAAUCUAAAGAUUUUUUAAAAAACAAAGGUUGGGUGAAAUGGCAGCCAUUAAAUGACUUUUUAAGUUCGUCCUUUUACAAUCUAUGUUUGCCACAAGUAAAAGCAGGAUCUGUAAUUUAA